GCGGUCUUCAUUUGCCUGCUUGGCGUUACCUUAGCAACGGGAAACUUUGGUAAUGUGGGCAUUGGUUUGCCUAUCUCACUCGAACCGCCCAUCGAGACGAGUAAGUGUCCUGCCUAUGAUGAUCCCAAUCACAGUGUUAUGUUUGCCUAUCCCAACGACUGCCGCAAGUACUACGCCUGUGUAAAUGGUCGGGCCUAUGCACAUCAGUGUCCCGAAAAUCUCUACUGGAGCCAGCUGACGUAUCGUUGUGACUACAGGCAGUACGCCAAUUGCGACAAUAUACCGUAUCCGGAGCACACGCAGUACAGCGCCUAUCCCGGCGAUUGUGGACUAUACUUUGAGACGCGUCUGCUAAGCUGCCCGAACAACUAUGACUGGAAUGAUCAACAUAAACGCUGCGAGCCGCCACAAAUUGCCGGAUGCCGGCCAGUACCGCCUCUUAACACCCAGAUACCAUUUGAGCCGACCGCAGCAACUCCGCCAGCCGUAAUCAAGCCAACAAUUCAACCAGAGCCCAGUGCACCCAUUGAUCCGCAAAGUCUAUGCAUUGCUGCUGCUGGCCAACUGACAUAUCUUCCAUAUCCCGGAGAUUGUCACAAGUUCAUUCAAUGUGGUCCAACAGCCUCGGUCCUUACUUGUGCCAUCGGCUUGUACUGGAACCGCAGCACCCAAUCUUGUGGCUCAUCCCAAAUCGAUUGCCAGCCCAACGAGCUCUCAUACUUCUCCAAAGAAGUUUGAAUACACAUGAUAUGAUGA